AUAUGAGUGCUUGAAUUUGUUUGACCAGUAAAGAGGGCUGCUCUAAAAAUACCCUGUUGAGCAUGUAGCUCCUGUUUCAGGUUCUAGCUGAGUUAGCUUUGCAAAACUGUCUGCUGUUGACGCUUGCUUGGGCUUUGGGGCAGCGACCGGGGCAUUUUAUUGCUUUUCUGUCUCUUACGGUUAAAUUUGAUGAUCUCUCUCUGAGAUUUCUGCAUGGAUGGGGGAGUCUAGUGAUACGGCAGAAGACACAGAUGGGAAGAACAUAGGAAACAAAAAUGGGAAGAAAAGGGAAGGCCUGAUGGGGAGUUCAUUCUUCACGUGGUUUAUGAUAAUCACAUUAUUGGGAGUAUGGACCUCAGUUGCAGUGGUUUGGUUUGACCUGGUAGAUUAUGAAGAUGUCCUUGCCAGAGCAAAGGACUUCCGUUAUAACAUAUCGGAGGUAUUACAAGGUAAACUCGGAGUCUAUGAUGCCGAUGGCGAUGGUGACUUUGAUGUGGAGGAUGCCAAAGUAUUGCUAGGAUUAAAAGAAAGACCUAUUCCUCUGGACUCAACAUCCGCUGGAGGAGAAGAGGAGACGGUUCAGCUACCAGAAGAAGAAGAAGAGCCUCAGCUUGAGCCUGAAAAGCCUGUAGUGGAAGAAGAAAUUCCUGCAAAUGUGGCCCAGGAAAAUUUACAUCCUCCACCUGAAGAGAGAGUGGUACAGGAAGAUGAAGUGCAGCAGGAACUAGCCCUGGAAGAGGAGCUCCUGGAGGAAGAGCAAAUCCCAUUGCAGGAGGCCGAAGAGGAGGAGGCUCCAUUUGAGGAAUUGGAGGAGGAGGAGGAGGAGACGGGGCACCUGGUGGAAGCAGCUGAAGUCAUGCCUCCAGUGGAGGAGGAGCAGGAAGAGGAAGAGGAGGUAGAAAUGCUGGUGGCUCCUUUGGAAAAAGUGGAGUUCCCAACGGAGGAAAGAGUAGAAGAGGCUGCCCCCACAGAGGAGGAAAGAGUGGAGGAAGAAAAAGUUGAAGAGUUCCCAUUAGAGGAGGAAAGUGUAGAGGAUGAGGCGGCUCCAUCUGAGGAAGAAAAAGCUGAGGAGAUGGAGGAGGCCGCCCCAUUGGAGCAGGAGAUGGAGGAGGAUGCCCCAUUGGAGCAGGAGAUGGAGGAGGCCAUCUCAUUGGAAGAGGCUAUAAUUGAAGAGGAGGAACAAGUAGAAGAUGUGUCUGCAUCUGUGGAAGAACAGUAUGAAGAAAUGGAGGCACAGGUUGGGGAAGCAGAUGCUGAGGAAGAACGAAAUGAAGAGAAAGAGGAGUCACCAGGGGAGGAGAUUGCUGUGGAGACUGUGUUUGCUGAAGAUCCAGUGGAAGAUGCCACUGGUAAAGAAGUUGCCUCCGAACCUGAGGAGGAAGCACCUGAACAAGAAGAAUAUACAGAACCAGAGGCUGAGUACAGAGAAGAGGAAACCUUUGACAAUUCUGACCCCUUUCCUGAAGAUGAAGUCUAUGGAUCUCGGAACAUGGAUGUGGAAUCUGAAAUCCAAGCUUCAGUCCCUCUUCCUGAGCCAGAAUAUGAUGAUUGGAGCACAGAGCAACUUUCUGAAAUGGAGCCUGAAUAUGUAGAAGAACCUCAAGAAGAUGCAACUGGAGUACCUGAACCAGAGCCUGACAUGCAUUCAGAGGUGCAUGCUGAAGAAGAAGUCAAAGCAGAACAGACUCAGGAAGAAGCAGAUACAUAAAGCACCAACAAUCGACACCAUGAGGACCAGGCCCAAUUACAUUCCACUCAAUGGAAGAAGCUAGUUAUUCCAACUAUAAAGAGACCUUUGUCCAGCGAGGUCAGAACAGUGAAAAAAAACACAAAAAAACACUUGAAUUUCACAUUCUUUCAGGCCUGUCUUUCCCACAUUGGUACAAAACAUAUGUUGAUGUGUGUAAUGUUUAGUUUAAUACUUUGAGUUGGGAUUUGUGAAUUUUGGUGGACUUCUUUUUUUAAAACCUUUUUAUUGUGCUGGUAAAUCAGUAGUUUAAUUGUUUGGUAUGUACUUGCCAUUUAAAUUGUGGUCAGAUUAUGUUCAGGCAUAUUCAUGUUUUUGGUCUUUUAAAUUUGUUACGUAAUAUUGGGUACAUACACUAAAUGUUGCCAUGUCUUAUGAUGUAACUGUGCAGAUGUAUAUGUUCAUUUGUAUAUUCAUUUGUUUAAACCUGCAGUGGUUUGGUGGUAUUUUGUUAAAUACAUGAAAAUGAAAUACAAUAAGUAACAUUGGUUCGUUUGAAGGUGUUGAUGCAGAGCUGCACUGAUAUUUUAUCAUGAGAUACUGCACCUGAGUUUUGUGUUGCUAUGCAGUAUUUUUCUUCAUUGUGGUAGAUAUCUAAAUAGAAUUUAUACUGGCAGGUCAUUCAAGGUAGUUGUCAGGAAUUGCAUAUGUGUGUAUGUGUGCAAAAACAGCCUUUUUACUGUUAUUCUUGUUGUUUUUAGUUGGCACUCAAGCCAGCAAAUAAGAUGUACAGCAGUAUCUUAAAUUACCAAGAUCGAGAGACCUUCUGAUGUUGGUUUUCUUCCUAAAUUGACAGUAUCCUUCUUUCCACUUAUUUCUCACCUGCAAUUCAAUUUAGCAAUUUCUGGUGACUUGCAUAGGUACAAGUUUACAGUAUUGGCUAAGGUUAAUUUAGCAUUUUUGAAUUUCACUACUUUAAUGUAAACAUUCUGGAUGCUGUCGAAAUAAUAUGUCGAAAACAUUAUGGCAAGAUGCGUUUUUUUCCUAAGAAAAUAGAAAGUUAGGCCAUAACAUACAUUAUAUGCCACAUAUCACAUACAGUACAUAUUUCCAGGGUGUGUCCUCUCAUGUCCUUUUAUACAGCUGGGAGGCGGUAUACACACUAUUUUACUAGGAAUAAAUCACAAAAUAUAAAUCUAAAGAUUGUAUGAGAACAAUCAUGUGACUUCACCACCGCUACUACCUUUCGGAAAAUGAAAACAAGUGGUAUGCUAAACUUUGAAGGAAAACCAAUGCAAUCAUGCACUAAAGUGUCCUAGCUGUGAAAUAUCCCCUUCUUUGGGGAAACUGUUUUAUUUUCUACUUUUUUUAAAAAAAAAUUUUUCUUCAGUUUUUGUUAAGUAUGUUUACCACUGUUGUGAUUUUGGGCCUGCCAGAAUAAAUGUUUGACAUGGAAAUAAUGUUUAGGAAAUGCCACAAUGCAACACUUUGUAGUAAAACUGAUUUUUAAUAUACUUCUAAGAACUGUAGUCGUAAAGUUGUUUCAUAAAUAGUUUUUCAGGGAUGCUUUUUUACAAUAACACUAUUUUCCUAUAGAAGUUGUUUUUUUUUUUGUUUUUUUUUGACACUUUGACACAACAUUUUUUAAAGUAAAUGUGAAUUGUAAGAUGGUGAAAGGUGUUGCAUUUUGAAUUGUAUCAUGCAGAGGUUUGUUCUAGAUUAUUUUAAAUAUGCUUUCAGGCGCCAAUAUUUUUUAUUCUGAUUUUAAAGAAAAAGUGUUCUCUAUUUUAAAAGCCGUAAGUUAAAGGUGGGGCUCUUGCUGCUUGAGAAGGGAUAUUGUUGCAAGGGAACUCAUUGCACAAAAUGUAAGCAAUAAUAACACGAUGACAAUCCUAAGAAAA